CUCGUCCUGGAGAUGAUGGUAUUUGAGAAGAUGGACCUUGACCAGAAAGGUGGAGCUGUUGAGUGCUCUCUUCUGCCACAGCGGCAUGGCGUUGAACGCUGUGUUGGUUGGUGCAAUGAUGACAUGAGUAGCAUGGCCGCUCCUCUCAAGCUGGUUGUCCUGUUGUUCGUGGUCGCAUCUGCUGCAACGUUUGGUUUUGUACAGGGGUCGGACCUUAAUCUGGUAUCUAUUAAUGACAAGGCAAACCUUCUGGAGCUCAUCAGGAAGCUUAACCUAAGCGUUUUUUAUGACAAUGUGGUGAAAGCGAGUCUGGUGGCUCAACUGCAAGCUGAAGGUCCAUACACUGUCUUUGCUCCUUCCAACACUGCGUUCAACAACGCACCCCCGUGGCAGAAGGAAGCAAUGAAAAAUUCCUCGUAUUUGGUCAAGCUCUUGAACUACCACAUCCUUCAGGACGAGGUGACAUUAGACGAUAUCGCCAACGAAAUGCUCAAACCCACGCUUGCUGGCAUACCCGUCAGAUUUAACGUCUACGACGAAAUGGUUACAGUACAGUGCUCUGUAAUAGAUAAUCAACGUAAGGACAAGAUGGCCUCCAACAGUGUGUUGCACGUCAUCAAGCGAGUGAUGGUCCCAAAUUCCGGUACCAUCGUUGAUGUCUUGUCAGCCUGCCCUGCCUUCACCAUUCUUAUCCAAGCUCUGCAGGUCACCAGUUUGCAAGACCUUCUUCGUGGUGAGGGUCCGUUUACGCUAUUCGCACCUACCGACAAAGCGUUUGCCAGACUUACACAACAAACGAGAGAUGAUCUGUUCUCGAAUCCAAAUAUUUUGAAAGAAUUACUUCUGUACCACAUUGUCAACGGUACCUACUGCAGAGCCAGUCUCCCUCACUUGACAUAUCUAGACACAUUCAACGGUGACAAGCUUACAAUUUCCAUUUCUGCUGGUGGUGUUCAUGUCAACGGAGCCACAGUCGUGGAAGAGGGAGCUGACGGAAGCGUCAUCAAUGGCGUCGUCCAGAGCAUAGACUCGCUUCUGUGUCCUUUCUGUCCCAAAGGCAGUCUCAAGAAUUGACACAACACGUAGAGCAGUCCAGUCUCCCGCUCAAUGCAUGUCUACAGAAUUAUUGUAGAGUUCAAACUCUAAAAUUACUCUGUAUUUGGUGAAUAAAGUACAGACCUCAAAGAA